AUGUUCCUGUUGCCCUGUGUGGUUGGCUCCCCCGACUUUCUGCUCCAUCUCAGAGAGUUCCACCAUGCCGUCGGCCUUUUUUCUGUGUCUUGGCGCUCCUGGCGUUUGGAAGUUGGUGACCCUCGGGAUAUGAGCGAGAACGACCUCAUAGACCUUGGCCUCCGCUCCCCCCUCCCCGCGCCAUCUCAACCAACACCGCCUUCGUUUGGCUCUGCCUCGGCUUCAACCUCUUCAUCGACUUCUUCUUCUGUGUUUGGCCCCGGUCCUGCCUCUUCCUUUGCCCCUGGCUCGGCUCCCGCCUGCGAUUCGUACCCGUUACCGACUCAAGACUCGAUCAUUGCUCGCAUGAGAGGCAAAGCUUUCAUCAGCUGUUUCGAUGGGUCUGCAUUGUGUUCUUUCAUCAGUUGCCAGUGUACCCAUACCACCGUGACAGAAUGA